AGUGAAGAUGGAGAUAUAAUAGAUUGUAUCGAUAUCUACAAACAACAUGCCUUUGAUCAUCCCGCUUUAAAGAACCACAAGAUUCAGAUGAAACCGAGUAUGGAGUUUGAGGCAAAGACAACCACUAUUCAAAACAACCGUUUCGAUGAACAGAUAACAUCUCAGAUUUGGACCAAAUCUGGAGACUGUCCGGAUGGGACAAUACCGGUUCGUAGGGUUAGCCGAGAAGACAUAAGAAGAGCCUCUUCACCGUCUCGUUUUGGUAAAAAAGCUCGUCGUACGUAUAGUUUUCUCGACAACGCACUUCAGCACAAGGGCAAUUUCAAUAUAACUGCUGAAAACGUAAAAUAUCCACGCCCAAUAUCCAUAUCGGAGGCAGUCCUUGUCGCCCUAGGGUUCAAUUAUCUUGGCGCUAGAUCCGAUAUAAAUGUUUGGAAUCCUCCAUUGGUUGAGGCUAAAGAUUAUAGCUCUGGUCAGAUAUGGCUUCUUGCUGGACUCUCCGAUGCAUUUGAAAGCGUAGAAGCUGGUUGGGCGGUGAAUCCAAACGUUUUUGGCGACUUAAGCACACGUCUCUUCAUCUACUGGACUAGCGAUGGAUACGGUCAAACAGGGUGCUUCAACCACUUAUGCUCCGGUUUUGUGCAAAUAUCUCCCAAGAUUGCGUUAGGUGCAGCAAUAGAACCCGUUUCGCAUGUCUCGCAAAAACAAUAUUACUUCACCGCCAGCAUUAUGAUGGAUCUAAACACAAGGAAUUGGUGGCUGACUUGCGCAAACAACGUGAUAGGUUAUUGGCCCGCGUCACUCUUUGGCUACCUCAAACAUAGCGCAACCGCUGUGCAGUGGGGUGGGGAAGUCCAUAGCCCUAACUUGCGGAGGAAGCCACACACAUUAACUUCAAUGGGGAGUGGAAGAAUGGCAGCUGACUCGUGGCAAAAAGCUUCUUACCACACAAACAUGAGGAUCAAGGACUAUUCUUUGUUUGUAAAAUACCCCAAGUAUAAAUCUGAGUACUCUGAUGAAAAAUACUGUUAUUCUACAAAUCUGGAGACAACGUUAUUUUCAGAGCCGCACUUCUACUUUGGAGGACCUGGCCACAAUUCUCGUUGUCCUUAAUUAAUCUCAUGUUUGAUUUUGUCAAUGA